AUGUCAGAUCAAGAAAGUGAUGUAGAACAGGAUCUCCUCGAUGACAUUGUUGUCAAUAAGUAUAAAAUGGCUGCUGAGGUUACGAACGCGGUUCUACUCGAGUUGAUUGGUCUUUGCGUUGAUGGUGCUCAUAUUGCUCGAUUGUGUGAAUUAGGUGAUCAGAAAAUCCUUGAAAAAGUAUCCCAGUUAUUUAAGAAAGAAAAAGAAAUGAAAAAAGGUAUUGCUUUUCCAACGGCAAUCAGUGUUAAUAAUAUGAUAUCCAACUACUCUCCAAUUGAAUAUGAAGAAAAUGAUCCUACAGAAAUAAAAAAUGGAGACUUAGUUAAAAUUGAUGUAGGUGCUUAUGUAGAUGGCUAUGCAGCUAUAGUUGGACAUACUUUCGUAGUUGGUGCAAGUCAGGACAACAAAAUCACUGGUCGUAAAGCUGAUGUCAUACUAGCCGCACAUGCAGCAUCAGAAGCUGUCAUGCGGUUAUUAAAACCUGGGGUGGAGAACUUAAAAGUUUCAGAAAUUGUAAAUAAGACAGUUACAGAUUUUAACUGUCAUGCCAUAGAAGGCAUGCAAUGUCAUCAGAUGAAAAAACUUGUAUAUGACGCGGAAAAAAACAUUAUUUUCAAUCCAUCUGAAGAGCAGAAAAAAACAGUUGAAAAGUGUACUUUUGACACAAAUGAUGUUUGGAAUGUGGAUAUUGUUGUUUCAACGGGUGAUGGUAAACCACGAGAACAUAAGACACGAACAACUCUGUUUAAGAAAAAUGAAACUUUAUACCAAUUAAAAAUGAAAGCCUCUCGUCAAUUAUAUAGUGAAAUCUCAAACAAAUUCUUGACAUAUCCAUUCAGCUUACGUGCCUUGGAUGAUAUUAAAAAAGCUCGACUAGGUAUUACUGAGUGUAUAAAACAUGGAGUCAUUCAACCACUUUCAGUUGUCUGCGAAAAAGAUGAUGAAUUUGUUGCUCAAUUCAGGUUUACUGUUUUGCUCAUGCCUAAUGGCCCUAUGAAAGUUACUGGAUUGUCUUUUGAUCCUUCUUUGUACAAAUCCGAUUACAAAGUUAAAGAUGCAGAAAUCAAAGAUCUGCUUUCCCAACCUAUUAAGAUUCAGAAUAAAAAGAAGAAGCUUUUAAAACCAGAAUCAGGUGACAAAAACUCAGCUUAA